UGGUCUGUGUGACAACAUGAUCCAGGACAUCAUCUACAGCUACCUGGUUCUUCCCAACCGGCUCACCAUCCCCCUGGUGGGGGACGAGCAGCUGGCCAGACUCCGCUUCCCCAUCCCCACGGGGGUGCUGAGGAUCCACUUCCUGGAGGCCCAGGACCUCCUGGGGAAGGACAAGUUCCUGGGGGGUCUGAUCAAAGGCAAGUCGGACCCCUAUGGGGUCAUCGAGGUGGGGACGCAGAUCUUCCAGAGCAAAGUCAUCCACGACACCGUCCACCCCAAGUGGAACGAGGUGUACGAGGCCCUGAUUUACGACAACGCGCACAACGUGCACAUCGAGCUCUUCGACGAGGACACGGAUAAAGACGACUACCUGGGGAGUUUGGACAUCGACAUUAACGAACUGCAGAAGGAGCAGAAGGUUGACGAGUGGUUUUCUCUGGACGACGUUUCCACCGGGAAGCUGCACCUCCGGCUGGAGUGGCUGUCCCUGCUGCCCACCCCGGAGAAGCUGGACCAGGCGCUGGCUAGCAUCAAAGCGGACCGAGGCCACGCCAGCGACGGGCUGUCGGCCGCCCUGCUCGUCAUCUUCCUGGACUCAGCCAGGAACCUGCCGUCUGGGAAAAAGGUGACCAGCGAUCCCAGUCCGUUUGUCCAGUUCACAGUGGGACACAAGUCCUUCGAGAGCAAGACCAAAUAUAAGACCAACGAGCCCCUGUGGGAGGAAAACUUCACCUUUCUCAUCCACAACCCCAAGAUCCAGGAGCUGGAGGUGGAGGUGAAGGAUGAGAAGCACGAGUGCUCUCUGGGCGUGGUGAAGCUGCCGCUGAGCCGCCUGCUGGAGGCGGAGCUUAUGACGCUGAACGAGCGCUUCCCCAUCAAGGGCUCCGGGCCGGGGGGCAGCCUCAAGAUGAAGAUGGCUCUACGGAUGCUGGACAUCAACUGGACGGGACUCACCAACAUGUUGGAUAUUCCUGGAGUAAAGUUCCUGUGUGGGAAGGAGAUAAAGAAGAGGAAGUGCAUCUUCCGGCUGAGGACCCGCGUGCCCCCCAACCCCCCCAGCCGUCUGUUUCCUGAGCGCGCUCAGAGCGAGGGGGGGCGGGGCCGGAGGGCCCUGAGCAGUCACGGCCGCCGGUUGCCAGGUUGGCCGCCCUCCCCCCUUUUCCACCGCCUCUCCAUCCUAAAGAGGAGCCACAGAGGCCUCUGGCUCCACGGGGUGGUGCGGGUGGUGAUGGAGCCCCUGCUGGGGGACAUGCCUCUGGUCGGGGCGCUGUCCGUCUUCUUCCUCAAGAAACCCGUGAGUACCCACCGCGACCUUUGA